AUGUUGCGUUGCUGCACCGACGGCUUCAGUUGCUCAUUUUACCAAAUCGUCGAAUCGCAAAGCUCUUCCGCAUUCCCCUCUCCGCCGCCGUGCUCCACCCCUAUCCGCCACCGAAGAAAGAAAAGGGAAAUUAUGGCGUACGCAGCGAUGAAGCCGACGAAACCUGGAUUAGAGGAGCCUCAGGAACAGAUUCACAAGAUCCGCAUCACUCUCUCCUCCAAAAAUGUUAAGAAUCUCGAGAAAGUGUGUGCUGAUUUGGUACGUGGUGCCAAGGACAAGAGGCUUAGGGUCAAGGGACCAGUGAGAAUGCCGACCAAGGUUCUUAACAUUACCACUAGGAAGUCUCCUUGUGGUGAAGACUAUAGUAAGGUGCUAAAUCCUGUUGGUGCUUUGUGCUUCAAGAGAUGA